UCUAAGUCGCGCUGCGCUUGCGCUGUGUGGAUCCAGAAGGGAAAGACCAGAGAGUGAAACGCAUUAUCGUUGUUUUGAUGGCAAGGGCCACUGAACGUUCAUAAUAAUAAAUCAAGUCAAGAGGUUUUGUAUCAAUAUCGUUUUGGUUCGAGGAAAUGGAGAAGGAAGUGUAGGCUACACAUGUAUUGGAAUAAGAAAACUGUGUGAAGAGCACAGCAUGCUUUUAUGACGGGACGCCACACGGAAGACGCCGAGCCCCUGUCUUUUUUUUUUGGUGGGGGGGAAUCGUUGGAGUGGUUCGAUUCCCUGAAUAACAGCUUGGAUGUAAAGGGGACAUUACAGUAAGACAUUCCGAAGAUGCCCAAGAGGUGGACCACAGCAACGCCAUGCAGCUAUCUCCCGGUCGUCUUGUUGGUGCUCGUUCUGCCCAGAUGUAUACUGUCGAUCCGUGCCGACAAAACCAUCAGCAAGGAAGAUCAUGUUAGUGCUACGGUCAAUGCCACGGUACUUGACUCCAAAGGCAAUCCUAAGCAAAUUCUAACCAAGGACGAUGGCAUGUACGGCCAGAAUUCACCGAAAGUGGACGCGAAAGGAAUCGUGAUUGCACCUGCACCGAAUCAUGGAGUUGUGGACCGCCAGGGCUGCGACCCCCACACUCGCUUCGUGGUGCCUCCCCGGACGGGGCACUGGGUGGCUCUGCUGCAGCGCGGCAACUGCACCUUCAAGGAGAAGAUCCUCAAGGCCUCGGCCUUCAACGCCUCCGCCGUGCUCAUCUACAACAACAACUCCAAUGAGGACACCGUCAAGAUGGGCCACGAAGGUACGGGUGACACGGUGGCAGUGAUGAUCACCGAGUCUUACGGCAAGGAGAUCCUGGGUCUGCUGGAGAGGAACCUGACGGUGCUGGUGAGUGUGGUGGUGGGCCAACACGGCCAGGCCAAGAACAUCAACCGCGGCUCCCUGGUCUUCGUCUCCAUCUCCUUCAUCGUACUCAUGAUCAUCUCCUCUGCCUGGCUCAUCUUCUACUUCAUCCAGAAGAUCCGCUUUACGAACGCACGUGACCGCAGCCAGGUAGGACAUAGACGUCGACUUGGAGAUGCAGCUAAGAAAGCCAUAGGGAAGCUGACAACCAGGACAGUGAAGAAAGGGGACAAGGAAACAGACCCGGACUUCAACCACUGCGCCGUAUGCAUCGAGGGAUACCAGCUCAACGACGUGGUCCGCAUCCUGCCCUGCAAGCAUGUCUUCCAUAAGCUGUGUGUGGACCCCUGGCUGAAUGAGCACUGUACUUGUCCCAUGUGUAAACUGAACAUCCUCAAAGCUCUGGGCAUCAUGCCCAACCUACCGUGCGUGGACAACGUCGGCUUCGACAUGGACCACAGGAUAGGGCGCAGCCAGACGAUGGCCAGCCAGCGGACAGCCCUAGUGGACCUGUCCAGUGAGACAUCCAUCAGCCUGGAGCCCCUGCAGCAAGGCCACCCUGGCACUGGACCCCAGAUCCCCUCAGAGAGCGGAGAGCUCACCCCCCGCACCGGAGAGAUCAACAUCGCCGUCACCAAGGAGUGGUUUAUAAUCGCCAGCUUCGGCCUUCUCAGCACUCUCACUCUGUGCUUUAUGAUCAUCAAGGCCACAGCCAGCUUCUCCAGCCCUGACCUGGAGUGGGAGAAGUGAAGAUGAUCGCCUUAUUGCCCCUCUCGAUCCUUUCUCUGGCGGAGCCUCAUGGCAAUGUUGCCUUCUUCUGCCAUAUGUUUCUGUAUUGUAUUUUGUAAGCUUUUACUACUGUACUGGCUGAGCCUGGCUGUAAUUGUUUUUAGUGGUUGUAAUAGGGCAAAGCGCUUUGAGACAUUAAAUCUUCCCUCCUUUUGACUUGUUA